AGGUGGCAGUAAUGCACCUGUAAGCUGGUUACAUGAACGUUGGUUGACGUCAUCACGCCGCGCUGAAACACGUGGAGCUGCCAGCUGACUGACCAACAACAUGUCGGUGUUUCACGACGAGGUGGAGAUCGAGGACUUUGAAUAUGACGAGGACGAGGAGACAUACUACUUUCCUUGUCCCUGCGGAGACAAAUUCGCCAUAACUAAAGAGGAUCUGGAGAACGGCGAGGAGGUGGCGACGUGCCCCAGCUGCUCGCUCAUCGUUAAAGUCAUCUACGACCAGGAGUUGUUCCUGUCCGGGGAAAUCCUCGAAGCUCCGUCGUCUACAGAAACCAAACUGGAGCUGGUUCAGACCUGACCCCCCCCCCAACCUCCUCUUCCUCCUCAUCAUCAUCAGAAUCCAUGGCGUCUGAGGAGCUGCUGCGUCUGUUGGUCCUUUAAUAGUCUGAAAAACAAACCGGUGUAAAUAUAUCUCAUAUCACAAUAUUAACUUAUAUUUUAUUCUCUCUUGUGUGAAUAUUGUGCUUUUAUUUUAACAGAAUUAAAACACAUCAAACAGCA